AUGGAAAUGCCACAUUUACAUCGACCGAUCCCUCGCAGGACAUUUGACAUUACUCCUGCUUCAGCCGACUCGUCCUAUCCUCCCUCUCCGGCCACUGAACCAAACAACCCGGACUUCUUGAACAGUCCAAAGCCAGACAUGAACCCCAGCAGCCGCACUCGGUCGAUCCUCAACUUGACAUCAUCUACCCUAUUUGGAAUCUAUUCACCGGUGUCCGAUGGGGAGCGAGAGGAGCUGUCCACUCCUUGGGGCACAGGGGCACAAACACCAAGUCACCGACGAAGCAUUGAUGAUUACCGACCACAAGAUCAGGCCUCGAAUUGGGACACGAACACGGUCAAGAGCAGGCCAAAGCCACAACGACGAGGCUUCCAAGGGUACGUGGUUCCACUUGUGAUACAAACCACAUUACUAUUUGCGUUUGGAGUUGGCUAUGGUUCUAUUGUGACGCACCUGCACCAAUCUCGGCGGAUCAAGCCUGUGCCUCUGCCAAACAUCGACCCGUCAUCGCUUUACCACUACCUCUGCUGGGGUAUCCUCGGCGUUAUCCUGGGCAAUGCACUACCUUUGGUCGACUCCUUCUGGGAGCAGUCUGUCUCUUCGGUCAAUUCCGCUAGUCAGACGGUUCAGAAAUCCGCACGGGCCCCUGGAUCAUCAAGCAACGCAGAGCGAGAGGGUUCUACGUCGUCGAAUCUUGACAACGGGACAGGGCCGAUGUGGUAUUCGACUGUUCGUAGUAUGGGGGCUUUUGUCGGGAUUGCAUUUGCAGUGCGUCGGAUACCGUGGCAAUCCACGUUCCAAGUGGCACUGAGCCUGGCAUUUGCCAACCCUGUGCUCUGGUAUGUGAUUGACCGAUCUUUACCUGGAUUCGCAUUUUCGGCAUUGGUGGGCAUACUCGGGACGACUGUGUUACUGGUGGUGGACCCUAGUUUUGUGCCAGUGCCGGCAAUUCAUCAAUCUAUGGCAUCGGAGCAGUUUGGUGUUUUCACAUGGCUGGCCAGCAUUUUGUUCUGUACCAGCAUCUGUUUCGGGGCGAUUGGAAGGCGACUUCAAUUGUAA